AUGGCGGGCGUAGCCACCGCCUAUUCAACCGAUGCCCUGACCUCACCUGGAGGCGUGGAUAACGAGAAGUGGGAUUUUGCUGUGCCGAUUCCCAAUGAUGGCAUUCAGCAUUCCUCAAAAUCGCGAAACUCCCACGAUUCGAGCUCGGCCCAGGCGAGAUCAGCUCGGAAGCACAAUUCAAACGGUUCUCGAAGCUCCUCUGUCUCCCGAACUGUCCACGAUGGCUCCUACCACUCCAACCGAGGCCGCCGUGACCCCAGCAUGAACAGACAUGGAAGCGAACUCGGCAUCGUUCCAGAUGACCCGUCUCGCAAGGAGUACGCAGAGGGUCCGGACGGCUGGGGGAUGUACUACCCAGAGGAAUUGAAUCAAGAGAAUUGGAUUCACCGGGACAAGCUUGCAAAAAUUGAGAGUGAGGAGCUCCACCAGGCCGCCAUCAUGUUCCAGCGACGGAUGACGGCAGACAGCAAGUCGAGCACAGGGUGUGGACGGAGUCACGAUUCUCACCAGAGUGGUGCUCCUAUUUCGACGACUUCGCCUAAUGCAGAACAUUCGGAGCCCUGGCCUGAACUAAGGGAGGAACCGAAGGGCUACGAUGGUGAAUACCCCGAUGAUGAACGACAGCACUGGGAUCUUCGCCGACCUGAGGAAAUUGCCGCGGACGAAGCAGCCUCCAGCAUCUACAGUCAUCCCGGCCUCCGAAAGAGCUCUUCCCGAAUACCCAUUUCGACGGCUAGUCCUGUACCGAUCAUGCCAGGGCGUGAUUCUCGCGGACCUCGAAGCCGCGCGGCCACGGACGAAUACGACGACGAGGACAACCGAGGCCGCAGAGCAAGCGAGCCUAUGGGUGAAGUGAACCCAUCUACUCCUUCGCCAGGAAGCCGACCGGGCAGCCGCGGCUUCAGCACUACGCCAAACACGCCGGCCAAAAAGACGCCGGCAAAGGCAGGAUCUGCCACCCGGAAGACAUCUGCUCCGCCCGCAAAUAGAAAGAUCUCGACUGCCAGAUCCCGUGCGGUCUCGGGCAAUGCCUUGCAGCGACCUACCACUCGCUCUGGCGAAAGCCGGCCAACCACUGCGGCCAACCGACCCGAGGGCGACCCGCCGUGGCUGGCAACAAUGUAUAAGCCUGAUCCUCGUCUCCCACCCGACCAGCAGAUGCUUCCGACUGUUGCAAAGAAGCUGCAACAAGAGCAGUGGGAGAAAGAGGGACGAACACCUACCACAUACGACCGCGACUUUGCACCUCUUGCCGUCCACCCGAACGAUGUGCCUCCUGUUCCGCCCAAGAGCAAGGAGCCUCCAGUGGAGGAGAAGCGCAAGAGCCCAGAACCAGAAGCAGUGCCUCGACCAAACACGAGCACCGGAUACAGCACAAUGCCCAAGGUGCAAGAUACACCCCCACUAGGGCUGACACAGAACCCUAACUGGAAUCCUCCGGUCGUUACCGCCCAGAAACAGUUCAAGAAAGAGAAGGGAUGUGGAUGCUGUAUUGUGAUGUGA